AGAUAAGAGGGAACGAUGGGGACUAUUCGUUGGCAACUACCAAUUGUGUUCUACUUACUCGCUGCUGUGGUUACAUUAGGCUCUGCCACUGGAGAACACUCACAAAGGUUUCCUCACACCGUGGACGUGAACCGAAAUGAAGGAGGGAUGUGUCCUCGAAUAAACAUUGGCGAGGACGAUUUGCCAGGAUUUGAUAUACUUUCUCAGUUUCACUUAGGCACAGCUACUGCGUUAGGAGGUGCCCAGACUGUGACUGGAUCUACACCUAUGCAGAUUGCCUAUAGAAUGGGACCAGAAGCAAACUAUAAGAUAAAAACAAGGUCGGCGUACCCUCUGGGGCUACCAGAAGAGUUUUCCUUUCUCACAACGUUUCGCAUGAGUGGCAGCACCAUUACUAAGAAUUGGAAUAUUUGGCAGAUUCAGGAUUCCUUCGGCAACGAACAACUUGCAGUAAGAGUUAACGGGGGAACGCAGUCCCUGGAAUUCUCGUGCACCACAAGGGAUAACCGACCUCAGACGAUUGUCUUCUCAUUCCUAUCGUUCCUAUUUGAUUCCCAGUGGCACAAGAUCUUAAUAAGUGUUGAAAGGGGCGCUCUGACUCUUUUUAUUGACUGCUUCAUGAUAGACUCGCACACACUUCUCCCAAGAGGCGCAGUAAAUCUCGAUGGCCUUACUCUGAUAGGAAAACUAAAGGACACCCCUGCGAUUGCUGUACCAUUUGAACUUCAGUGGAUGUUAAUUCAUUGCGAUCCAAAACGACCACAAAGAGAAACCUGCAAUGAACUGCCAGCCAGAAGAUCGCUAGCCAUGGCUAGCACCAUCAGAAAUCGCGGACCUCUCCUUAUAGUCAUUUUGCUUCAGAUGGUCUUCAUUUGUUCAGCUCAAAGAGGCCCAGUUGGUCCCCGAGGUACACCUGGCCCCCCCGGACCUGCAGGCGUCCCUGGAAUCGACGGCAUAGAUGGUGAGAGAGGUGAGGAUGGCCCAACAGGUCCCCCCGGACUAGAUGGCGAUCUAGGUAAACCCGGAUCAGCAGGAUUGCCAGGCAAGCCAGGAGCUGAUGGAUUAACAGGCCCCGAUGGAGAUCCUGGCCCAGAUGGCCCACUUGGGCAAAAGGGUGAGCCUGGUGCAACAGGACCCCGUGGAUCAGCAGGUUUAGGCCCAGAUGGACCUCCUGGCCCACCAGGUCCAGGAGGACUUCCAGGAGAACUUGGACGUGUAGGAAUCUUGGGUGAUGCUGGAGUUCGAGGGCCUGCUGGUCUCCCUGGUCCCCCUGGGCCUCGAGGUGCUGCUGGAUUUCAUGAUGGCAGCGGAGAGCUGUGUCCCAAUGCCUGCCCUCCUGGCUCACCAGGCCAUCCAGGUCUCCCGGGAAUGAAGGGACAUAAAGGUGUAAAAGGAGAAUCAGGGGAACCAGGAAAGCAGGGACACAAGGGUGAAGAGGGUGACCAGGGGGCCUCUGGGGAGGUUGGUGCUCAAGGCCCUACAGGUCCUCAGGGUAUAAGAGGAAUCACAGGCAUGAUGGGACCUAAAGGUGAAAGGGGUGCUGGUGGACAUGAUGGUGAACCAGGUCCUCAGGGUCUGCAAGGCGCAACUGGUGAUCAAGGUCAGAGAGGCGUAGUGGGCGAGACUGGGCCAAAAGGUGACGUUGGGUCUCAAGGUCCAAGAGGAAUUUCAGGGCUCCCAGGUUCAAAAGGAGAAUCUGGAUUACCCGGCGUGGAUGGCCGUGAUGGGAUCCCUGGGAUGCCAGGUGCAAAGGGUGACUCCGGAAAACCAGGUGCUCCAGGUGAAUCUGGACUUCAGGGUCUACCAGGCUUACCUGGUUCUUAUGGUGCAAAGGGUGGUGGUGGUGAUAAGGGUGAUACUGGUGCCUUUGGUUUACUUGGAACAAUGGGAUCUGCUGGGAAAACUGGUGAACGAGGAGAACAAGGGGAAGUAGGCCCAGUUGGACCAAGAGGUGGACCAGGUGAAAGAGGUGUGCCAGGUCCAUCUGGUCCCACAGGGACACCAGGACUCAGGGGCCCAAAAGGUGAUCCUGGUCUGCCAGGUCUUCCUGGUCCCCCUGGCCUGCCCGGAGUUAAAGGAGACAGGGGUGCUGUUGGUUUGGACGGUCCUAAAGGAGAACAGGGUGAUGCUGGAUCAGAGGGCACAGCUGGUGAUAAAGGUGAUCAGGGUAAUCAAGGAGAACCAGGACCCAAAGGAUCUACUGGUCACCCUGGUGAGCCUGGCAGUCGAGGCCCUGAGGGUAGCCGUGGCCAGUCUGGCAUCGAAGGACCCUCUGGCUCACCUGGCCCUCGCGGGAUGCAGGGAGAUCGGGGUGUACCCGGUGUGCCUGGGUCACAGGGGCCGGCUGGUAAAGAGCCCAGUGAUCAGCAUAUAAGACAAGUUUGUAUGCGAGUUAUGCAGGAACAGUUAGCCCAGCUAGCAGCCAGUCUCCGGAGACCGGAAUCAGGUGCUGCUGGUCUGCCUGGGCGCCCUGGGUCUCCUGGUCCUCCUGGCCCUGCUGGCGACAGCGGCUUCCCUGGACAGGCCGGCCCACGAGGAUUACCGGGUCUGAAAGGACCUCCCGGGCUGCUUGGUCUCAAGGGGCCUAAAGGUGAAAUGGGUGAAAGGGGCGAUAGAGGCAUCACAGUACGAGGAUCGAAAGGCUUGCCUGGAGCACCCGGUCUGCCAGGUGAGCCUGGCAGACCCGGCUAUGGCAGGGAUGGACGUGAUGGUGAAAGAGGGCCCCCUGGAGUGCCUGGACAGCCUGGUAUCCCUGGUCCUCCUGGUCCAGCUGGACCUUCUGGUUACUGUGACCCGUCAGCAUGCAACUUGCAAGCGAUUGCUGCACCUCAGUCUCUGAAAGACUCCAACGUAAAAGGACCUUGAACUGGUCCCUGUGUCAACAGUAACUGCAAACAUGCUGCAGGUUCAAGAGAACUGAAAACAAGACAUGGGAGAGCAGUCAAAAAACAGACUUUAUAAAGACAAACAAGCAUUUUUUUAACACUGUAAGAUAUAUAUAUAUAUAUAUAUAUAUAUAUAUAUAUAUAUAUAUAUAUAUAUAUAUAUAUAUAUGAUGGUGCUCAAUACAUAUAAUGAUUUUACCUGCAACAAAUACAGUUAUCCAUAUGUGGCCUAUAAUUGUAAUAAUGAAAAUGCCCUCAGAGUUGUAUUGGAUCAUGUGUAUUAAGGCACAUCUGUUAAUUAGUGAAAUACCACAGAAGGAAUGCAUUUCGUAGUGUCUGUUUUUUGCAUUCUGUAAAAUCCGCCCCCCCCGAAAUAAACUGAAUUAUUUUCAGGCAAACUGCAUUUAAUUUUGCCACCUGUAUGUACUAUAUUGUAUAAGUUGUAAAAAAAAAAAAAACUAAAGAAAAA